CUAUAAGCUGAUAGUAUGUGAUCAACAGCACCGUGACAACAACCAUCCAGCUGCUUCACCACCCCAAUAAAACUGCUCGACUAUUCAGGCUCUGUUGUGAAAAUGGCAGAACAGGGUUUCCAGCUCAGAGCAGAGGACGACGAGCACCAGCCAGCUGAAUUACCAACGUCAUCACUAGCAUCCCUCCAUCUCAGGGACGAGACUGUGGUCACCAACGAGAGCACCAACCAUAUGGUGGAUAAUCCGGAGCCCCAUUCUGUAUUUCCUGUGAUGAUGUCAUCACCGCGUAUCCAAUCACAACAGCAGACAGACAUGACUGUGGCUACUAGGCCUGAGCCUUCAUCAGCAGUUCAAGUGACACUGGGUUGCUGUACAUUUGACGUUGCAGAGUUCUCGGAGCCUGAGAUGGGUCAAAACGACAGCGAGGCUCAGUCUCACACCCUGACAGCGUUCCUGAGGGACCUUUCCUCCCCCAUUGACCAUGAUGAUGUGUUUCCUGCCCUAAGGAGCAACAGUACCAAGGAAGGAGACAUUCAACCCGAGGACAACAUAUCCAAAACAAUGGCAGUAUGUGACUGCCAGCUGUCUGAUGCAGAGUGGUACUGGGGAAAUAUCUCGAGGGAGGAGGUAAAUGAGAUGAUGAGAAACACUCCUGAUGGCACAUUCCUGGUCCGAGAUGCUUCCAGUAAAGUUAAGGGGGAAUACACUCUCACACUAAGAAAAGAUGGCUCCAACCGACUGAUAAAGAUCUUCCAUCAAGGUGGGAAAUAUGGGUUUUCUGAGCCACUGGCCUUUCCCUCUAUGGUGGACCUGAUCGAGUAUUACCAGAACAAGUCUCUGGCCCUGUACAACUCUAAACUGGACACACGGCUACUCUAUCCCAUAUCCAGAUACCAGCAGCAGCAGGUUGUGAUGGAAGUUGACAUUGAUGCAGUUGGUGAACAGCUGAGGAUAUUUCAGGAUCAAUACAAAGAGAAGAGCAAAGAAUAUGACCAUCUUUAUGAGAAGUUUAACCAAACAUACCAGGAACUGCAGAGCAGGCGGACAGCCAUAGAGGCUUUCAGUGAAAUCAUUCGGAUCUUUGAGGAAGAAUGUGAAACUCAAGAACGCUACAGCAAGGAAUACAUCGACAUGUUCCUCACAUUAGACAGCAGUACAGAGACUGACAAGAUUCAAAGCAAUUCAGAUGAGCUGCAGUCGAGGGUGGAGGAGAUCCACAGCAGCAAGAAGAAGCUGGAGGAGGAGCUGAGGAGGAAGACUCUGGCUCACAUGGAGAUUGACAAGAAAAUGAACAGCCUGAAGCCCGACCUUAUGCAGCUGAAGAAGAUCCGAGAUCAAUACCUGAUCUGGCUCACGCAGCAAGGCACUAGACAGAGCCAGAUUAAUGACUGGCUGGGUAUCAGGAAUGAAGAAGAAGAUCCAUACACCCUGGCAGAUGACAGCCACCAGGAGGAGAGGAGCUGGUACGUAGGCGGUAUGAGACGAAAGGAGGCAGAGGAGCUGCUGAGGGGGAGAAGGGACGGGACCUUCCUAAUCAGAGACAGCCAGACUCAGAGAGGCUCCUUUGCCUGCUCUGUUGUUGUGGAUGGGGAUGUGAAGCACUGUGUGAUCUACAGGACGUCCACAGGCUAUGGCUUCGCUGAACCCUACAACAUGUACUCCUCACUGAGAGAGCUGGUCCUCCACUAUCGACACACAUCACUGAUCCAACAUAAUCAGCAGCUGAAUGUAACCCUGGCCUGGCCCGCUCUCAGUCAGCAGCCCAGCUGAGACACACCAGCACCAGCCACCCUGAUGGCACUUUCCCAAAGCUUCACUGUAUUAACACUGAGGACCCACCAAUGCGAACACUGUUACUCUAAUUCUACUCUAACUGUGUACCAGUUGGUGCUGCCACCAUAUGAGAAAUUCUCAAGUCUGGAUAUGUAAAAAUCCUACACUGGUAAGAUGUCACAGUAAACAAACAA